AUGGAGCGGGGCGGCAGCGGCGAGAACGGCACCGGGAGAACCGGGAACGGCACCGGGAACAGCGGGAAUGACUCCGGGAAUGACUCCGGGAAUAACUCCGGGAACAGCGCCGGGAACGGCCCCGGGAGCGGGCUGGCAGCGCCGCCUGGCGGCCGCGGGCCCGGCUCGGCCCCGGCACGGCACUGCCAGCCCCCCGCCCAGUGCCUCAGCCGCUCCCGGCAGCUGCUGGAGGCCGCCAGCGCCUCCCCGCAGCGCCUGAAGGAAUCCAACGUCCUGGGAUUCGAGUGCACCCUCGAGGAGGUGGAUCUGCAGGACAUCACUGAGAACCAGCUGAACACCCUCAGAGCCUGCAGAGCCCAGGACCCAGGGCCUGGAAAUUGCCCAGCCCUGGAAAAAUCAACUUUCGAUGAGGGGAAAUGCCUGCGGGGCAUCUCUGAGGACGUGAGAGCCUACAGGGCACAGCUGAGGAGCCUGCCCGACCCCCAGCUGCUGGCAGCCCUGGACGGGAUGAUGGAGGUGAGGAUUCCUGCCCCGCGGAGCCCCAAAUUCAGCAGCUGGGGAGGGGAAACCUCGAUUUCCCCUCCAAACAUUGAAAGAUCGUCGGGAUCGUCGGGAUCAUCGGGAUCGUCGGGAUCGUUGCCGUUCGCGGAGCGGCUGCGGCUCUGCGGGGCCCUCCUGGCCCUGCGCAUCCGCAGCGUCACCAUCUGCAGGGUGCUGAGCUUCCUCAGCUCCCCCUGAUCCCCAGGAGAUCCCGGGGGGAAAACGCCCGCUGAGGAUCCCACGGAAUUCCCACAAGCUGUUUUCAGGGAGUUGCGCCUUCGAAGCUUUGUUAAAUUCCCGGGGUUUGGGGAUUUAAGCUACAUCUGAGCACCAAAAUGUUCCUAAAUCUGAUUUACUCGCAUUUAAUCUGCUGAUCCCUCAGGGACUGAGAGCCGUUCAUGGUAAUUCCUCUUCUUGGGGAUCCCUUCCACCUCGGGAUAUUCCAUUCCAUGAUUUAUUUGGGAUCGCAUUCCAUUCUGUUCCCUGAUUUAUGGCGACAUUCCUUGAUUAGAGAUUCCAUUCUAUUUCAUGAGUUAUGGUGAUAUUCCUUCAUUUAGGAUGAUAUCCCAGUCCAUUCCGAUUUAUGAUGAUAUUCCUUGAUUUAUUUAUGAUGAUAUUCCUUGAUUUAUUUAUGAUGAGAUGCCCUGAUUUAUUUAUGA